ACAGCCAGUUUGUGCUCCAAAUCCCAUCUUACCAACUCUCCUCCCUCCACUGGCUCCGAAUCUGCCACGCUUUUCCUGUUUUCCUGCACAGUAGUUGGUCAUCGACGCAGCAGCCAUGGUUAGGUGGCAACUACCCUCCCCCUCCUCCUCCUCUUAAAGCCCAUACCACCGGCUUUCUCCUCAUCUCUCAUCUCUCGUCUCUCAUCAUCACUCAACACUGCUUCUGAGGUGUGGCCAUGGCGGGUGUGGAGGAGAUGGUGAGGAACAAGCAGGUGGUGCUGAAGCACUUCGUGGUGGGAGAACCCAAGGAGACGGACAUGGAGUUCAGGGUGGGGAAGGCCAGCUUGAGGAUUCCCGAGGGUGUGGAGGGGGCUAUCCUGGUGAAGAACCUUUACCUCUCCUGCGAUCCCUACAUGAGGGGAAGGAUGAGGGAGUACUACGAGUCUUAUAUCCCUCCCUUCCAGCCCGGCUCGGUAAUAGAGGGAUUUGGGGUAGCUAAAGUUGUUGAUUCCACAAACCCAAAGUUUAGCGUCGGUGACUAUAUUGUGGGACUAACUGGCUGGGAAGAGUACAGUGUUAUUGUCAGAACUGAGCAGCUGAGGAAAAUAGAAACUCUUGAUGUCCCUCUUUCCUAUCAUGUGGGACUUCUUGGUAUGCCUGGUUUCACAGCUUAUGUUGGCUUCUACGAGAUCUGUGCUCCAAAGAAAGGCGAUUAUUUCUUUGUAUCUGCUGCAUCUGGAGCAGUCGGCCAACUUGUAGGUCAACUUGCCAAGCUACAUGGAUGUUAUGUUGUUGGGAGUGCUGGAUCGGCAAAAAAGGUUGAUCUUCUGAAGAACAAGCUAGGGUUUGAUGAAGCAUUCAAUUAUAAAGAGGAACCUGACUUGACUGAUGCCUUGAAAAGGUACUUCCCCAAGGGCAUUGAUAUCUACUUUGACAACGUCGGCGGUGCCAUGCUUGAUGCAGCACUUACGAAUAUGAGAGUACAUGGUCGAGUUGCCAUUUGCGGAAUGGUCUCUCAGCAUUCCAUUUCUGACCCCAAGGGGAUCUCAAACCUGUACACUCUUGUGAUGAAGCGCGUAAGGAUGCAGGGUUUCAUCCAGAGUGACUACCUGCACCUGCAUCCUGAAUUCUUGAAAACCAUUGUGAGUUUCUACAAGCAAGGGAAGAUUGUUUACAUAGAGGACAUGAACGAAGGACUCGAGAAUGGCCCUGCUGCAUUUGUUGGAUUGUUCAGUGGCAAAAAUGUGGGCAAGCAGAUCGUACGUGUUGCACAGGAGUAACUCAUACUCGUCAUUUACAUCUCAUCAUUUUUUUUGUUGUGUUCUACUAUGUGUGAGGCUGUUAUGAUCGAGACACUCUUACAGAAUGUUGUGUCCAAAUUCCUCAGUAGAAUGUAAUUUUUGACUAAAUGCUGAAAGAUGUUUUCGGAGAUGCAUAAAUUGAAGUUAUGGAACUGAAGGAACAAUCUGUAAGGAUAUAAGUAUUAAUAUAGUAACUACAAAAUCUUUUUGAUUAAAA